GCUUCUUUCGCUGUUCAGUCUGGUUUUGACUUUUCACACCCAAGGCGCCGAACCUCGGCCUCCUUGUAUAGCCUCAUAUCUGCUGUGUAUUCGGUCGAACGGGUUUCUCGAUGGGUAGCAUUUUUGUUGACAUUUCAUAAUUAGAUGUUUGGCGCAAACUCCCGUAAGCUGUUCAAGUCCUGAUCCCAUUGUCUGUUGUCGCGACCCUCGUCACCCCAGACGGCGACGACUCGCCUCCAGGCAAUUAAAAUUUACCUGCCUCUUGCCUGGCACCGUCAUUCUCUUAUUAGCACCUAAUUCGCACCUUUCACACUCCCAAAGAGUCUCACCAUGUCGCGGUGCGAAUCCUCUCCCACUCAGACCCUCUUUGGAUCCUUGACCACCCAGUUUCAUUCUGUGUCUACAUCAUUUACCACAAUCAUUAGCACCGCUCCUGACAUCACUUCCACGUUCCUGUCCACAUCAACGUCUUGCACCUCCGUGGGAGCAAGUCCAUUUGGUGCAUUCACUACCGCAUCUUGUCAAGUCUUCACUGUCACGAGCUCGUCAGUGAUACCAGGUGCUACUACAACACUCGUUGAUCCCAUUCCCUUUACUCUCACUUUCACUCAGAUAACUGCCUUCCCCACCUCUACCCUUUACGGUAUUUCAUGUGUUACGACACAAAUUGCAACAACGGAUACCACCGCAUCCCACCCAAAUUCCUCUUCAUCCCCAGCCUUAAGCCCAAUAGGUUCUUCGACAACGUCCACCGGAUCUCUGGCCACUUCUUCCUUUUCGACGCUUUUCGGAGUGUCUGGAUCCUUAACGUACCUGUUGUCAGUCCCCCCGCCUUCUGUCUACACCACUACAACAGCUGUCGCCAUUGGCUCGUCUACCAUUAUCUCAGUCAUCACAACAUCAUCAACUCCUCCCGCGUCGACAAUAUUCAGUGACUCUUCAGGCUUCAAGACUCGCAGGGAUUCUGAAGGCUUAAUCGGUGGCGUGAUUGGUGGCGUCCUGGCAGUCUGUAUUUUAUUGGGCAUCGUCAUUCUAUCCAGAAGGAGGAAAAAAAAGGCGAAGGAGCCGCAUGAUGAUGCGUUUGGUCACACGAAAGGUCCCUCAAGUCGGCUCUCGAGGCCAGGACUUGAGUGUGAAUUCGAUGAUGACGAAGUUAUCAGGGCAGCCGUAUCACAACGGCACUCUCUUCCACAUCUGGCGAGUGUAUUGUCAUUGAACCACCCAUUCUGUUCUGACUUCUCCCAGAACGACCAAGGUAGUAGGGUCUCGCAUGGACCCUACACCAGCGAGUUUGACAACAUGGACUACUUUUUGGCGAGCCCCUAUUCAACGCACGAUUAUUCGUCUUCAUAUCAAAACGUCUCUCCGCUGUCAACUCCUCUCAUAUCAUAUCCACCAUCCACGCCCACGGAUCCCAAUCCAUCUCUACAUCACCAUGCAGCAUCCGUGCCUUUAUUGCAGACUCAUAUCACUUUAUCUCCCGAUGUUCCUACUGUGCUGCCAUCGCCUGCGCAUGAAUCAGUGUCCUCCGGCCUUCAUCAUCGUCGGCGAUCCUCCCUUGCUCCAAUGAUUCCUGCACGCUCCCCAACCGAAGGUGACUCGAGUUCCCAUAGCAUGUUAGACGAGUCAAUACGGCGACGCCGAGAAACUUCUCUCUCAUCAAUCGAUAUUGGCGGUCAUUCUAGCGCGCGGGACACACUCCAGUCGUCCAGUCGGUUAAUGAUAAUUAAUCUUAGUGAAGGAGAGAGAUUGGAAGAUUAUUCGUAG